AUGGACGACUCAGAAAUAAGAAUUGUCCUGCUGGGAAAAACUGGAGCUGGGAAAAGCAGUUUAGCCAACACCAUAUUCGGAGAGGAGGUCUUCAAGAUAGAUGAUUCUCCAAACGCUGGAACAAGUCAAUGUGCAAAAGAAACCAGAUCUGUCAAUGGAAGAAGCAUCACUUGGAUCGACACUCCUGGUUUCUUUGACCCACACAAGUCUGAGGAGGAGCUGAGGGAUGAGAUAGUGAAGUGUAUCAUAGAGUGUGCUCCUGGGCCUCAUGUUUUUCUCAUUUUACUUAAAGUUGAGAAAUUCACACCUCACGAGAAGCAAGUUAUUGACGAAAUACGAAAGUCUUUUUCUGAGGAGGCCUUCAAAUACACUGCAGUUGUUUUCACUCAUGGUGACCAGCUCACUGAAGGAAAGAAAAUUGAGGAGUUUGUCAAAGACAGUAAAGGUCUGAGAGAUCUGGUGCAGAAGUGUGGCGGCCGAUGCCACGUCGUUGAUAAUAAACACUGGAAGGACAACCAGCAGGAUGAGUACAGGAGAAACCCGUUCCAGGUGGCAGAGCUACUUAAAACCAUAGACAAGAUAGUGAUGGAAAACAAUGGAAGCUACUACACCAAUAAGAUGCUGCAAACAGUGAAGAAAGAAAUACAGCAAGAGGAGAAGAGAAUUAAACUGUUGCCAGUGACAAUAUCAGAGCAAGAGAUCACAAAGCAGGCCAAAGUCAAUGUCUUAAAGAAGUUUUCGAUCAGACUGGCAGGUACUGCAACAGGAGUAUUGUUGGGAGCUUUGCUUGGUGUGCCAGGAAUGAUUAUUGUAGUUAUCAAAGCCUUGAUGACAAUGCAACCCACAGCAGCAGUAGCAGCAGAGGCUGCCUGUUUGUUAUUCUGA